AUGGGCACCGCAUUGGAAUCCGACCACUUUUCAUGUGCUUCAUCGCCCAGUGACAAAUUCAGAGAGAUGUCCAAACAGCUUGCCCAAAAGGAAGCCGUUGAUCGAAGCUUGGGCCGGAGAUCUGCUCAGGAGAUUGACGUGGGUGUACAUAUACACAUUGUGGCAAGCUCCGAGAAGGAGAAAGACGGGUAUCUCAGCGAUGAGACUGUUCAGGGCCAACUUCAAGUUCUGAACUCCGACUAUGAGCCGGCCGGUAUAUCCUUCAGCGUAAUAGCCAUCGACAGAACUAUCAACGCUACAUGGGCUAGUGGCAACGAUCUUGAGACCAUGUGGUACUACCUUCAUAAUGGAACCUAUAAUGAACUGAACAUUUGGUUUAUUCCAAAGCUAGAUUAUUAUGGUAUUUGCACACAUCCCGUAGCGGGCGAAGUUCUUCAAUAUGUCUACUACGAAGACGGCUGUACCAUUCGUUCGGAUACUGUCCCCGGCGGCAACGCACGCGACUUUAAUCUCGGAAAGACACUCACGCACGAGGUCGGCCACUGGUUUGGACUCCUACAUACUUUUGAAGGAGGGUGCGAUGGCGAUGGCGACUACAUUGAUGAUACGCCUGCGCAAGCGACUGCAUCUCAGGGAUGCCCUGAAGGGAGAGAUUCUUGCCCGGACAAACCAGGGCUGGAUCCAAUUCACAAUUAUAUGGACUAUUCAAACGAUCCCUGCUACAAAGAAUUUACACCUGGCCAAGUGGAUCGGAUGAAGAAUGUUUGGGACGCAUAUCGAGUACAGGCAGACAUAUGGUAA